AUGUUACAUCCAUCCAUGCUGCUUUUAACUAUCAUGAUUCAGUCACUAGCUGGUGAGACGGUUGCUAGCACGCCAAGCUCUUCAGCUGUGGUGUCAUGCAAUAGAAUUGAGCAUUCUGAGCAAAACAUAAAGGACGACGAAUACGCGAUGCUGAUGACGCCAGCUCAACAUGCAACGGCUGACAACAACACAGAAAUUUUACCUCAGCAACCCAAGUCAAGUCACUUCAGUUGGUGGAUGACAGCUCUGCUUGUCUGCUUCCUUCUUAUAAUGGCAACUUAUAUCUUUGUGAAAUUUGGAGCCCCCUUUGCCUUUGAGAAGAUUCUUUUUCCAAUCAUGAAAUGGGAAGCAAGUGCCUUUGGCCGUCCAGUAUUGGCUCUUGUCCUCGUCGCAUCUUUGGCUCUCUUCCCACUCAUUUUAGUCCCCUCUGGACCUUCUAUGUGGUUAGCAGGAAUGAUCUUCGGUUAUGGUUGGGGUUUCGUGAUUAUUAUUGUUGGGACUACUCUUGGCAUGGUUGGGGCAUAUUGGAUCGGCUCAUUGUUCCGCGAGCGACUACAUGUAAGAUUCCUCAGACUUGCAUCUUUUCUCUACCUGAGGAGCUGUGUCUUAAUAUCUUCUCUGUUUUGUUCCUUUUUUUCAAUGCAGGCAUGGUUAAAGAGAUGGCCUCAGCAGAUAGCUCUAAUAAAGCUUGCUGGCGAAGGGAGUUGGUUCCACCAGUUUCGAGUGGUUGCACUAUUCAGAGUCUCACCGUUUCCAUACUCGAUUUUUAACUAUGCCGUGGCCGUGACAGAAAUCAAAUUCAGCCCUUAUGUAUGUGGUUCAGUUGCCGGAAUGACACCUGAGGCAUUCAUCUAUAUCUAUAGCGGGCGGUUGAUACGUACGUUGGCCGAUGUGAAGUAUGGCAAGCAUAAGUUGACUACAGUGGAGAUAGUCUACAGCAUAAUCUCGUUCGUCGCUGCCGCUGCCCUCACGGCCGCCUUCACAGUUUACGCCAAAAAGUCGCUAAACAACAUAAAAGGCCCAGAUGAUAUCUCAGAGGACCACCAACCUGCUGCUGGCUCUGCUGGGGUGACUGCACUAAAAAAUGGCCAUCAGGACGUGCAUAUCCUGUAG